UAUUUACAAACUGUAAUACACCGCAAAGCAAUUUCUUAUAGCACACUUGUUGGGAGCUUCUAGCGCUUACUGUAAGCGUAGCUGAAAGAAGCCCACGAAGCAGACAGUAACAGAGAGUUAGGGCUCCUCCAUUAAAGCGCGGAGCAGUGAAACAAAGAGAAAGAGAAAGAGAAAUGAGUAUAUGGAACUACGUCGUAACGGCACAAAAGCCAACAAAUGUAACUCAUUCAUGCGUCGGCAAUUUCACCAGUCCUCAAGAACUCAAUCUCAUUAUUGCGAAAUGCACUCGCAUUGAAAUUCAUUUGCUCACUCCUCAGGGAUUACAGCCUAUGUUAGAUGUUCCAAUAUAUGGAAGAAUUGCAACCCUCGAACUAUUUCGACCGCAUGGUGAAGCCCAAGAUUUUCUAUUUAUUGCUACAGAAAGAUAUAAAUUCUGUGUUCUUCAGUGGGAUGCUGAGACAUCUGAGCUUAUCACAAGAGCAAUGGGAGAUGUAUCAGACCGUAUAGGUCGUCCAACAGACAAUGGCCAGAUUGGCAUAAUUGAUCCAGAUUGUAGAUUAAUUGGACUCCAUUUGUAUGAUGGACUGUUUAAGGUUAUCCCUUUUGAUAACAAAGGCCAGCUCAAAGAGGCUUUCAACAUAAGGCUUGAAGAACUUCAAGUUUUGGACAUCAAGUUUCUUUACGGUUGUUCAAAGCCCACAAUUGUUGUUCUCUACCAGGAUAAUAAAGACGCCCGUCAUGUUAAAACAUAUGAGGUUGCUCUGAAAGAUAAAGAUUUUGGGGAGGGUCCAUGGGCUCAGAACAAUCUUGAUAAUGGAGCUGAUUUACUAAUACCAGUGCCCCCGCCUCUCUGUGGUGUCCUUAUUAUUGGUGAAGAAACAAUUGUCUAUUGCAGUGCAAAUGCCUUUAAAGCAAUCCCAAUAAGACCUUCCAUCACAAGAGCGUAUGGAAGAGUUGAUGCUGAUGGUUCUAGAUAUUUACUUGGCGAUCAUGCUGGGCUCCUUCACCUUCUUGUCAUAACCCAUGAAAAAGAGAAGGUUACGGGGCUCAAAAUUGAGCUCUUGGGAGAAACUUCAAUUGCCUCUACCAUAUCAUAUCUUGAUAAUGCAGUUGUCUACAUAGGUUCAAGCUAUGGAGAUUCACAGCUUGUAAAGUUAAAUCUACAACCUGAUGCAAAAGGUUCAUAUGUCGAAGUCUUGGAAAGUUAUGUUAACUUGGGACCAAUUGUUGAUUUUUGUGUGGUGGACCUUGAGAGGCAAGGCCAAGGUCAGGUUGUAACUUGCUCUGGAGCAUAUAAGGAUGGUUCUCUUCGCAUAGUUCGAAAUGGAAUUGGAAUCAAUGAACAGGUUACCUUAUUUAAACCAGUUUCUAAUAUUUCAUCUGUUGUGUUCAUAUAUUCCCUGAGAACUUAUUUACCACCUUAUGUAAUACAGGCAUCUGUAGAGCUUCAAGGCAUCAAAGGAAUGUGGUCAUUAAGAUCUUCUACUGAUGAUCCUUUUGACACCUUUCUGGUUGUUAGUUUUAUUAGCGAGACUCGAAUUUUGGCUAUGAACCUUGAGGAUGAGUUGGAAGAAACUGAAAUAGAGGGUUUCUGUUCACAAGUGCAGACUUUGUUCUGCCAUUAUGCUGUCUACAAUCAGCUUGUGCAAGUGACUUCUAGUUCUGUGAGACUGGUCAGUUCCACAACAAGAGAGCUUCAAAAUGAAUGGCAUGCUCCAGCAGGUUAUUCAAUUAAUGUUGCAACUGCUAAUGCGACCCAGGUUCUAUUGGCAACUGGGGGUGGCCAUUUAGUCUACUUGGAAAUUGGUGAUGGGACAUUGACACAUACGAAACAUGCCCAGUUGGAGUGUGAGAUAUCAUGCCUUGACAUUAACCCCAUUGGUGAAAAUCCCAACUAUAGUCAGCUAGCUGCAGUUGGAAUGUGGACAGAUAUAAGUGUCAGGAUAUUUUCGUUGCCUGAUCUAAAUCUCAUAACAAAGGAGCAUUUGGGAGGAGAGAUAAUACCUCGUUCUGUUCUUCUAUGUUCCUUUGAAGGGAUAUCUUACUUGUUAUGUGCCCUUGGAGAUGGUCAUCUUUUGAACUUCUUAUUGAAUUUGAAUACUGGCGAGUUAACGGAUAGGAAAAAGGUGUCUCUAGGAACCCAGCCUAUAACACUUCGUACUUUCUCUUCCAAGAACACCACACAUGUAUUUGCUGCAUCAGAUAGGCCAACUGUCAUCUAUAGCAGCAACAAGAAGCUCCUGUAUAGCAAUGUAAAUUUAAAAGAAGUGUCUCAUAUGUGUCCUUUCAACUCUGCUGCCUUCCCAGACAGCCUUGCAAUUGCAAAAGAAGGUGAACUUACUAUUGGCACCAUAGAUGAUAUACAAAAGCUUCAUAUCCGCUCUAUUCCAUUGGGGGAACAUGCACGGCGUAUCUGUCAUCAGGAGCAGUCUCGGACCUUUGCCGUUUGUAGUUUGAAAAACCAAGCUAGUGCAGAAGAAUCCGAGACGCACUUUAUUCGGUUGUUGGAUGACCAAACCUUUGAAUUCAUAUCAACUUACCAACUAGAUCCAUUUGAGUAUGGCUGCUCCAUUCUUAGCUGCUCCUUUUCUGAUGAUAAUAAUUUGUACUACUGUGUUGGGACUGCUUAUGUUAUGCCAGAGGAAAAUGAGCCAACAAAGGGCCGAAUAUUGGUUUUCCUGGUUGAAGAUGGGAAGUUGCAGGUUAUUACUGAGAAGGAAACUAAAGGAGCUGUUUACUCUCUAAACUCUUUUAAUGGCAAACUGCUAGCUGCUAUCAAUCAGAAAAUCCAAUUAUAUAAAUGGAUGCUUCGGGAUGAUGGUUCCCGUGAGCUGCAGUCUGAAUGUGGGCAUCAUGGGCACAUACUUGCCCUCUAUGUACAAACACGCGGAGAUUUCAUUGUUGUUGGUGAUUUGAUGAAGUCAAUCUCUUUGCUAAUCUACAAGCAUGAGGAAGGUGCUAUCGAGGAGCGGGCUCGUGACUAUAAUGCAAAUUGGAUGUCAGCUGUUGAGAUUCUUGAUGAUGACAUUUACCUGGGUGCCGAAAAUAAUUUCAACUUGUUCACAGUUAGGAAGAACAGUGAAGGUGCUACUGAUGAGGAACGAGGCCGCCUUGAGGUGGUUGGUGAGUAUCAUCUUGGAGAGUUUGUGAAUCGAUUCCGACAUGGUUCCCUUGUCAUGCGCUUGCCAGACUCUGAUGUGGGCCAAAUCCCUACCGUUAUUUUUGGAACUGUCAAUGGGGUAAUUGGGGUCAUUGCUUCACUUCCUCACGAGCAAUAUAUCUUUUUGGAGAAGCUCCAAUCAAACUUGAGGCGGGUAAUUAAGGGUGUUGGAGGGUUGAGCCAUGAGCAAUGGAGGUCAUUCAACAAUGAAAAGAAAACUGUAGAAGCCAAAAACUUUUUGGAUGGAGAUCUUAUUGAAUCAUUUCUUGAUCUCAGCCGUAACAGGAUGGAUGAGAUCUCCAAGGCAAUAGGUGUUUCGGUGGAGGAGCUAUGCAAGAGAGUGGAGGAGCUUACAAGGCUGCAUUAAUAUAACGUCUUGGUUCAUUUUGCUUCUUUUUUCUUUUGUUCCUUCAGUUUUGCUAUUUUGCAUCACAUGUACCUAUUAAUUUUUUUUUUUGUUUUCCUGAUAUGGAGUGUAGCUGUGUGGAAGUGGCAUUCAAGUGAAGAAUUGUAUCCUUGUAAGGGACCCAAAAGUGCCUGUGUAACAUAUCUUCUUACCAUAUCAUGAUGUUCAUAAGAUAGAUAUUUAUUGGACACUA